AAGGAAAAGAGAAAUACAAGCAAACGUAUACCCAAAGAUAAUUAAAGGAAAUCAUUUCCUUUGAAACUGAAAAAAGAAUUCAUUCUUCUCCAAGAUGAAACUCAAAAGGAACCUCCAAUUUGUUUCUCAUGCAUGUGUCUCAAAACCAAUGUAUAUAUAACAGCUCAUUUCAUUUAGAAUUCACUUCGUCAUCAAUCUCCUUGAUUCAAGAAUAACCCUAGACAAAGCCAAAGAAGCCCUCAGAUGGAAACCAAGGUUGAAGAAACCCUGAACCUCUCUUAUGAUGAUUUUGAGCCCUUUUGCAAGUGGACAAGAGAGGAAGGACAUGACAAACUCGAGGUCCAUGUACAAGAUUUCAAAAUGGAACACAUGAGCAUCCAAAUACAGGAACCUGGUGUUGUGACAAUUACUGGAGAGAGACCUCUAGAUGACACUCACUGGAGCCGGUUUCGUAAACAAAUCAGAAUUCCGAAGGAUAGUAAAACAAAUGAAAUUCAAGCAAACCUUUAUGGGGAUAUUCUUCAUGUAGUUGUGCCUAGGAAAACUCCUGCACUUCCUGCCAAAAAAAGCAGCACCAAAACUAGUACAAUAACUGCAAGUAUGGCAUCAAAUUAUUUGUUUGGCUUAAUAAAGAGUGCAAUUUCGAGGCUAGAAAUGAACACCAUGUUAGCUCUACCAGUUGCAGGAGUGCUUGCUGUGGUGGUGGCUUUCGUAGGUUAUGCUUACAAAGAUUGUCACUGUGGAGAUGCUGAAAGCUAAUUGUUCCAUAUUUCAUUAUUGAAAUAUACUUCUAAUCCAGAUUCUGCA